CUCUUUCACCUCCCGGCUGCGAAGCGGGGAGCUUUUGUUUGGGAAGGGAUGCAAAGGGCCUUAUCCGUCCCCCCACCUCCCGGGCCGAAAGGAACGAGAGCGAGGCCUGAGAGGCUCCGAAGUCCUCUUGGGUCUUGCGCUUCGUUCCCUGCUUCCUCCCCAUCCCGAAGGUGCGAGCUUUCAACCGGGAAGUCGCGCCGCCGCCAUUGUCGCGGCUGCUCCGGGGUAGGGGAGGCGGCUGCCGCUGCUUAUGUAAGUUUGACUUUGCUGGAGCCCCCGCUCCCUGCUCUCUAACGGCGGCCCAGCGCGCCAGUGGUUUGGAGAACCACAAUAAAGGGGCAGCUUUGUUUGGAGGCGUAGUUGGGGCUACAUCUUUCCCUGCACCUACACAAAUACUGGCAACGGCCGUCUUCCAGUUUAACUCACCUGAACUUAGCAACUGGAACGUCUCAGCAGAAAGUAAUGGUCCUCGGCGAUCUUGCGAGAGAGUGGGGACCAAAUAUCACACUGCACCCUCCAUCCCACCAAAUUCAGCACCGUGGUGUGUCGCCAUGGGUACUGCAGGGCCACUCCUCUCCCUAGUCCCAUGCACUUUUAUCCCACAAGCCUUAGGGAGAGUUACAACAGUGGGAAGCGACUAGGUAGGAAGGUUUUGCGUGGCUGCCUUCCCUUGGAGAUGACUGCAGGCCGAGGUACAUCGAAGGGACUGGCGGGGUCCGCAGCAACUCUAUUAGUAAUGUUGCCCAGCUCUCACGUGUGCAGAUGAGAAACCCCCUGCUACUUGAGGCAGCUUAGGGGUGUGUUUGUUUUUCUGGAGAGGGAACUUUGGAGGGUUUUCAUAAUGUUGGUCUCUAAGGUCGGUUCUUGCACCACAAUUUUUGUGGAAGAAUAUUGCAGCUCAGUCCUUGGUUCUACCACACCGAAGUUUGCGUGCUCACUGUUCAGUCGAGGAAAGAUGUUUUUCAGAAUAUUGGUCUGCAGGAUGGAGUCCCUCUGAGCUGGACCUGAUGCUGCCAGUCAUCCUCCUCUCUGUUCCCAACCUGAAAAUGGGUACAUGUGCAAGUGGCAGGACGAGAAAGGACUGGCGCAUCCCUGAUCAGAGUUAUUCUGAUCUGAAGAAUUUGGUGUUUGAAGCAUUAAGAUAAUAGCCUGAGUUGUUCAUGGAGUUUUUCAUCAGUAUGUCUGAAACCAUUAAAUAUAAUGACGACGAUCAUAAAACUCUGUUUCUGAAAACACUAAACGAACAACGCCUGGAAGGAGAAUUCUGUGAUAUCGCCAUUGUGGUCGAAGAUGUGAAAUUCCGAGCACACAGGUGUGUUCUUGCUGCCUGCAGCACCUACUUUAAAAAGCUUUUCAAGAAGCUUGAGGUUGAUAGCUCUUCGGUAAUAGAAAUAGAUUUUCUUCGUUCCGAUAUAUUCGAAGAGGUCCUGAACUACAUGUACACAGCAAAGAUUUCUGUGAAAAAAGAAGAUGUCAACCUAAUGAUGUCAUCGGGUCAGAUUCUUGGUAUCCGGUUUUUGGAUAAACUCUGUACUCAGAAGCGUGAUGUCUCCAGUCCCGAUGAAAACAACGGCCAGUCAAAGAGUAAGUAUUGCCUCAAAAUAAAUCGCCCCAUUGGAGAUGCUGCUGACACUCAGGAUGAUGACGUGGAAGAAAUUGGAGACCAGGAUGACAGUCCUUCCGAUGACACGGUAGAAGGCACCCCCCCGAGUCAGGAGGACGGCAAGUCGCCGACGACAACGCUCAGGGUUCAGGAAGCAAUCUUAAAAGAGCUGGGGAGUGAGGAAGUCCGGAAAGUAAAUUGCUACGGGCAGGAGGUAGAAUCCAUGGAGACCCCGGAAUCGAAAGAUUUGGGGUCCCAGACCCCUCAAGCCUUAACAUUUAACGACGGAAUGAGUGAAGUGAAGGAUGAACAGACGCCAGGCUGGACGACAGCCGCCAGUGACAUGAAGUUCGAGUACUUACUCUAUGGCCACCAUCGGGAGCAGAUAGCCUGCCAGGCGUGCGGUAAGACAUUCUCUGACGAAGGCAGGUUGAGGAAGCAUGAGAAACUCCACACGGCAGACAGGCCGUUUGUCUGUGAAAUGUGCACAAAAGGUUUUACCACACAGGCCCACCUGAAAGAACACCUAAAAAUCCACACAGGGUACAAACCCUACAGUUGCGAGGUGUGUGGAAAAUCAUUUAUCCGCGCCCCAGACUUAAAGAAGCACGAGAGAGUUCACAGUAACGAGAGACCUUUUGCGUGCCACAUGUGUGACAAAGCCUUCAAACACAAGUCCCACCUCAAAGACCACGAACGAAGACACAGAGGGGAGAAGCCCUUUGUAUGUGGCUCUUGCACCAAGGCAUUUGCCAAGGCGUCUGAUCUGAAAAGGCACGAGAACAAUAUGCACAGUGAAAGGAAGCAGGUGACCCCCAGUGCCAUCCAGAGCGAGACAGAACAGUUGCAGGCAGCAGCCAUGGCCGCUGAAGCCGAGCAGCAGUUGGAAACGAUAGCCUGUAGCUAGAGGUGAUGGGACAGGACCCCGCUUCGCCUGAGCCCCGGAGACUGAGACCGCAUUGUUCGUCGUACAUGAACGCCAGUCGCUGUAUUUUUGUGGAAACUUACGGAGCAUUGUACUCGCUGGACUUAAGGCAGUGCUUGGUUAGGUAGUUUUAAAACUUUGCAAGGACGUAAGGUUCCUUGGUUCCGACCAAACAGUGUCACUGUCCUGUCUGGUGUCUGGUGGUAAUGUCGCCAGUAAGUCCCCCUCCCUCUUUUUUACGAUUUUAAUUUGAGAACUCCUGUGUCCAGUUCAGAAGUAGGAGACUUCUGUUCCAUUUUUAAUUCCUCUCGACACUUGCUGCGCUGGUGAGUGUAUUGCACAGAGUGAUAAUUGAGUAAAUUGAUUUCCUGAUCAUCACGCCUAUUUGUGACUUCACAGUCAAAACAGCCUUUUUAAUAACUUAAUAAGAGUACUUCAUGUAGAUGCAGAAAACACUGGUGGGUGGUUGACCAAGAACACCGUGUGGAUACGAACACAAGUUCCAGAAGUGCAGAAUGGCAUUAGAUUUGUAUUCGGUUUGUUAAUUUUAUAUCACUGGUUUUCACUAUUUUUGUGGACAAAUGAUGGUUGCUUUGCUAAAAUGUUUCUUCAUUUUGAUUGCCCGCACUUCCCCCAAAAGAUGUAGUCACAAGUCCCGAACACAAGGCUGAGCAAACCCACAGGGAUGAUGGUGGUCUGGGGGCUGAGUUCUUUUUGUUCCUCUCUUUUGGGGCAUUGUCACUCGGCGGCAGAUGCGGUUUGUGGGGUAGACCAGUUAUUAGAGGGAUAGCAAAGGGGGAAUAGGAACCUGCUCUCAGGGACAAGGUUUUCAUGUUUGCAACAAUUCCAAGAUUUUCUAGAUCAAAAUAAUUCUCAAUUGAUUUUUGAACUUGGAUUUUUAUUUAGGAUCAAAUUAGGACAAGAACAGGUAUGCUUCUUCGGAUACAUGUGUGUCACUUAAGAGAAUGUCAUCAAGCGUUUGGGCUCUCUGCAGCACGUGAUUUAUAGGAGAUGUAAUAUCAUUACUUAAAUUAAUAAAUUGAAAAUCUUUUAAGUGUGUAAAUAGUGUAGAAGUGUUGGUCUUAUGUAUUUCAAGUAAAAGUAGACAGCUGCACUUUUUUUUUUUUUUGCACAUUGGAUUAAAAUAACUUUAAUAAGCAACAAACAUCAGUCUCUUUUUUAACCAAUAUUAAAGACUAUCAGACCAAAUUUUUAUUUUUUUGAAGUAUAUUUCAUCAUUGGUGGUUACAGUUUUAAGUAGAAUUUGGUUGCCAUUUCAUAGUCAUAAACAGAAUUAUAAACACUGUUCUAAUUUUGGUGUAUGAAAACUUUUUUUUUCACCAUUUCUUUAGGAAUGUAUUGAAAUGCCAAAAUAGUUUGAAUUAUGUUCUGUAAUAAAGUAUUAGUCAAUUACUUUAGAAUGUACAAUUUUAGGAAAAUGUCAUUUUUCAAAAUUUAUUUUUGAUUCCUAGAACUUUUUUCCUCAAGAUACAUUAAAGUAAUUUCAUUUCAUACUUGUUGCAUUAACACCUGUAGUUGCUGUUACAGGAGAAAUUUUAUUUUUUAACUUGAUGUAUAUGUUGUGCCCAAGAUCAUAGGAUGGAGAUGCUACCUUUUAAAGAAAGUUAUUUAUUGGUAAAAUGUUUAGUUUAAAAUUAAUUUAAUCUUCUUUCUUAAAAGUCGUUUAUUCUGUCCUAAAAGUAGUCUUGUCACUGUGUUUAUAUGCUGUUAGUGGAAGGGGAACUGAUUGGCGCUCCUUGGCUGUUUUAACCAAAGCAGAGGAAAAAUAAUUUAACGUCUUGUCGAUAGCUACUACAACAAACCAUUUUUGGGGGCUUCAUUUUUGUAUAUAAAAGAAAAUAUACUUCUGUUA